CUGGCGACACGUUGACUUCUUUUAUGCAAAUGUAUAUAUUGCAGUUUUGAUACAAUUGAAUAUGUAGGUUGCAAACGUGUAAUAAUUAUUGAUGUUUGACACGUUGAAUGCAUGCCAUUGAGCUGGCUCUGAAUUGUCUCAGUUUCUUUUUUCUGACGAAAGGUAUAUUUCAUCUAUUUGUCAGAAUUAUUAGCUAAAAAUAGGACAGAUAUAUAAUUUGGAGAAGAUGAGGAUUGUGCAGUUUAGAAGAAACCGCUUGUUCCAUGUAUUGAUUGGCAGUUCUCUGACAUUGCUAGUUUUAUACAUUCUUCUUAAUUUCUCCUCAGACGAUCAUAUGAACAAUAUAAAAGAAUAUUGGUCACAAAGUCAUGAAAAGAAACAGGCAGUGCUCGUAGAAGGUUUAGGAAAUUAUGAACUACGAGAUGUACCAGUUAGAUCCGGUCCUGGAGAAGGUGGUAAGCCACAUAUUUUAAAAGAUGAUCAGUUGAAUGAUGUCCAGCAAUCAGAAUCCGAUUAUGGUAUGAAUAUGGUGUGCUCUGAUGAAAUCUCAUUGUCAAGAUCGAUACCAGACACCAGACUUGCACAAUGUAAACAUUGGAACUAUCCAGAAGAGCUACCACGUACCAGUGUUAUUAUAGUUUUUCACAACGAAGGUUGGUCUGUUUUACUGCGAACUAUUCAGAGCGUUAUAGAUCGUACUCCAUCAAAGUUACUUGAAGAAAUUCUUCUUGUUGAUGAUUUUUCUGAUAAAGAGAAUUUAAAAAGUGAUUUAGAUUCCUAUAUUGAACAAUGGGGAGGAAAAGUUAGAUUACUUAGAAAUCACGAGAGACAAGGUUUAAUACGAACGCGAUCUCGAGGAGCACGUGAGGCCAGAGGCGAAGUAAUAGUGUUUUUAGAUGCUCAUUGCGAAGUUAAUGUGAAUUGGCUGCCUCCGCUUUUAGCGCCAAUUGCUGAAAAUAGAAACGUAAUGACUGUUCCUGUGAUAGACGGUAUUGAUCACAAAACUUUUGAGUAUCGUCCUGUGUAUCAAGAAGGACAUUUGUACAGAGGAAUAUUUGAAUGGGGAAUGUUGUAUAAAGAGAACGAAUUGCCCAGGCGGGAAGCCAAAACACGUGCACAUGACAGUAUGCCGUACAGAUCACCUACGCACGCUGGUGGUUUAUUUGCCAUAAGUCGACAAUACUUUUUAUCAUUGGGUGGAUAUGAUGAAGGAUUACUUGUCUGGGGAGGAGAAAAUUUCGAAUUAUCCUUUAAGAUAUGGCAAUGUGGUGGAAGUAUUUUGUGGGUUCCAUGCUCACAUGUUGGGCAUGUUUACCGAGGAUUUAUGCCUUACACAUUCGGUAAACUUGCUCAGAAAAAGAAAGGACCAUUGAUAACUAUUAAUUAUAAAAGAGUUAUAGAAACGUGGUUCGAUGAGAAACACAAGGAGUUCUUUUAUACCAGAGAACCUUUGGCUCGAUUGCUCGAUCACGGUGAUAUAUCCGAACAAUUAGCUUUUAAAAAACGCAAGAAAUGUAAGAGCUUCCAAUGGUUCGUCGAUAAUGUAGCAUAUGAUGUGCUAGAUAAAUUUCCAGAAUUGCCACCAAAUAUUCACUGGGGAGAAUUACGUAAUACGGCAUCUGGAUCAUGUUUGGAUACUAUGGGUCACUCACCUCCAAGUCUCAUGGCUACUUCCCACUGUCAUGGGUUUGGAAAUAAUCAACUUAUCAGGCUGAAUGCCAAGGGCCAAUUGGGUGUUGGUGAAAGAUGCAUUGAUGCAGAUGGCCAACGUAUAAAAUACGCAUUUUGUCGCCUGGGGACUGUAGAUGGUCCAUGGCAGUACGAUGAAAAAACAAAAACAUUAUUACAUAGAGUAUAUAAAAAAUGUAUUGCACUUCAUCCUCAAACUCAGCAGUUAUCUUUGAUGCCAUGUGAUAUAAACAAUGCUUAUCAGCAAUGGAGUUUUCAUCAAGUUCAUCCACGAUGGUAAUGUGAAAAAGGGAAACUUUUCUAUUUAUCAAAAUUUGUAAAUUAUUUAAAAUUAUACGGAAGAACAAAAUUUAUUUAGUAAUAUAUAAUUCAAGAUAGUUUAACAUUAUUUGUGACUAAUAAUUCACUAUAUAUUAGAAAGCGAUAUAAAUAAAUAACUACGAAUAUUGAACAUAAACAUCGAAUAAAUAUCUAAGAAUCUAAGAACAAUAAUUUUGAAUUUUAAGAUAUAUUAAGGUGAAAGUUAAGAGGUAAGCGCUUUAUGAAGUGUAAAAAGUGCAUUUCAAUUUUAAUGAACUAUUUCAAGUGUCUCCUACAUUUAGAAAUAUACACGU